UGCUGCGUCUCCGUGGAAACGGCUACUGCUUCCCUGGGUCCGCACGCAGAAUGGCGGCUGGCGAGCCGGGCUGUCCAGGCGGCUUCUACUUCAGAUUCCUGCCUCAGAGAACCUUCUCAUCGCUGAGCAGCCGGGAGGUCACCGGCCGGCUCCGCCAGUGGUCCAUGCUGGGCCGAAUCCAGGCGCAGGCGUUCAGCUUCGACCAGACGUUCCAGCCCUACCAGAAGGAUGAUUUCGUCAUGGCUUUUUUCAGAGACCCAAAUGUUAUUCCAAAUUUGCAGUUACUCUCAGAUUCUCCUGGACAGUGGACCACAUUAGGAACUGAAGUGAAAAAAAUUGAAGCUGUAAAUGUUCCGUGCACACAACUUUCCAUGUCAUUUUUCCAGCGGUUGUACGAUGAAAAUAUUGUACGAGAAAGUGGACACAUUGUCAAGUGCUUUGAUUCUUUCUGUGAACCGUUUCUCAUUUCAGAUGAACUGAGAAAAGUUUUGCUCAUGGAAGACUCUGAAAAGUAUGAAGUCUUCAGCCCUCAGGAAAGAGAAGAGUUCCUGUUCUGUGUUUUUAAGCACCUCUGUCUUGGAGGCUCUCUUUGCCAGUAUGAAGAUAUGCUUAAGCCGUAUCUGGAAACAGCAAAGCUGAUCUACAAGGAUCUGGUGAGUGUUCGGAAGCAUCCUCGAACCAAGGAAAUACAAAUUACCUCUUCUGUCUUUAAAGUGAAGGCCUACGACUCUACUGGUGUGUGCUACCCUUCAACUAAAGAGCAUGAGCAGACAUUCUCUUACUUUGUCGUGGAUCCCAUCAAGCGUCAUGUGAAUGUCCUGUACCAUUGCUAUGGUGUGGGGGAGAUGGCCUAGGCUUGUUUAAACUAUCGUUAGUGCUGCUCCUUAGUUGUGGUGUCUCUGUGUCAGCAAUAACAGGAGGACAGAUUCCAAGCCGAAGAAGGCAAACCCUAAAGUGCCUGUCUCUGCAUCUGCCCAGCACACUCCUGCACGGAACCCUGCCCAGCACACUCCUGCACGGAACCCUGCCCAGCACACUCCUGCAGGGAACCCUGCCCAGCACACUCCUGCAGGGAACCCUGCCCAGCACACUCCUGCAGGGAACCCUGCCCAGCACAGUCCUGCAGGGAACCCUGAUAGAACCUGUGCAAUGCACAAAAGCAGUUUAUGUUUGUUCUGUCAAGAUGCAGCCACAGCCUCAAUUUCCUAUAUUUUAAUACUGUUUGGAAGGUAGAGGCGGGCGGAUCUCUGUGAGUUCGAGGCCAGCCUGGUCUACAGAGCGAGGUCCAGGACAGCCUCCAAAACAAUACAGAGAAACCCUGUCUUGAAAAACCAAAAAAUGAAAAAUA